AUGGCUUUUUGGCCAGAUAAAAUAUCUAGCUUUGGCCUUGACAGGCUGGUUAAAAGAAAGUCGAAACCAGAAAGUGACUGGACCACAUUUCCGAUUCGCACGCUAGAGAAGGGAAUCGAUUUAGCUGCUGUAAAUAGGAAGCUCAGCUUCCUUCAACAGUCAAUUGAGUCACAAGGCCACUUGUUGGCCUUAAUUAACUCAAAACUGGACCAACUGCUAACCACCAAUCAUGGGCAUGAUCCUCCAAAGCAUGAACUAAGCUUGUUAGAUGUUUUCCCCAUCCAAACAAUGCAAGACUUUGACUGUGUAGAAAGUGAGCUACGAAGUGGCUCCUUUCAAAAUGCUUGUAUUAAAAUGAUAGGAAUGACUGGUGGUAGCUGCAUGAAAAACGCUGUCCAGAACAUCAUGAAGAAAAUCUUGAUUGAUGAGUUGGCCACACAGUUCUCUUUUAAGGGACAAGUGUUAGGGAAGCGAUGCUUUUCUUCCACACAACUUUAUAAAAUUGUAAAGCAUGUAGUUCAGAAAUUAUUUAAAGAUGCAAGUGAUGCCAACAUGAAAAACAUAAUUUCAGAAUGGCUUACUCAAUCAAAAUUCAGAAAAAGCAGAAAGGAAGAAAGAGCAAAGAAAAACAACUUAAAUGCCUCAUUGGAAGAGGAUAAUUGCCCCACUGAAGAUCACGAUCGCAUUUUUGAAUUUGAAAAUGGAAACACCUACCAAGUGUUAUGAACUUUUUUUUUUACUUACUAAGCGAUUGUGUUAUUAUCUUUUAUUUUUUUAGUUAUGAUUUUUUUAUUAUUUAUUUAUU